GACUGGAAUUUUUUUUUUUUUAUAAAAAUGAUCACUUUAAAAAUGAUAGCUUUAAAAUAUUGUCUCUGCAAAUGUAUUUGUAAAAGGAUUGAAACGUUUCUGUGUGUUUUAAUUAAAGUAAAUGUUGAAUGGAUGUUCCCCUCUUUAGAUCAAACCUCAGUAGGAAACAUCUCAAGCCCUGUUGAGCAUCAUGACUACCAGCAAGCUCCUAACAACCUUAAGGUUCCUUCCUCCAUCAUUGACCUGCAAAUACAGGAACAGUGUGAGAAUGUGGAGCUGGAGGAAGAAACGUCUACUGAUGAUCCAACUUCAGUGGAGACCAUAUCUUCUGUAGAGAGUUAUGGUCCUCAGAACACUCCCAACAGUAGUUUUGAGAUUCCUCUCUUCACUGUUGACGAGCAAAUCCAGGAGUUUCCAGAUGAUCUGUCAGAGGAAGAAACUGUGUGUCCUCUGGCAGAAAACCCAAGCCAAGACAUGGUCUUGAUUAUUGGGAGCAUGUGCUGGACCUACAACAUGGGUGAGCUACUGGGAGAAGGAGGAUUUGGUGCUGUAUAUGCUGGUGUCCGUGCCCAUGAUGGUCUUCCGGUAAAUUUAUAUAUAUUUUUGCAUGAUCAACCUAACAAACUAUAUUUAUGUGUUAUGCUUUGUCUUUUUUAA